AUGUUGCCACAUUACAGCUUGCAAAUUUUGGUAUUUGUUGAGAAAAGGUGCAAUAUACAAUGCUUCGAACCAAUCGGGAACUUGCUAUAUGGUAUAUCUCUACAGAUAAAGAUAGGUUGCUCUACAGCAUGCAAAGAAAUACUCCUAUCUCUCCCACCGCCCUCUGCCUACCACGUAAAUCAAACGAUGAAGAGUGUUCACAAGGCAUUCUCAUCCAGAAAUAAAGACACUGCAUCUAAUGCUGAUGAUACUCACAAGUCUCAAACCAAGGCCAAGUACAAACACAAAACAGAAUUUAAAGUCUCCAAGUACCAAUUAGUAGUUACGUAUAAAGAGAAAGCCGUCGACGAGGUAACAUUCAGUGGUGAGAUUCAAUAUAAUGGAAAGGAUGAACUAUUUUACCAUGCCAAGGGACCUACGAAAAACGCAUGUGCAUUCCUCAAUGUUAUAUCUCCUGGAAAAAAGGACGGAAAAAAUACUAUUGACCUAAAAUGUCUCUCCAUUGUUGGCUUCAAUGGUCAGAAACAGGGUGAACUAACAAAGAACUUUGCACAAAACGAUGAAGAUAUUAAUCUUGAAGACGAACGUCCGAGAAUCACUGUUGUCCUUCCUGACGAAGCAAUGAAGACAUACAGAAAAACUAUUACAUUGGAUAAGGAAGGGAAAAAGACAGUAGAGAUUAGUGGUCUACAAGUAUGUGCAAUGUGCAAAAUGGAUUAUAAAGCUAGGUUGGACUGUGGCAUACAAAGGAACACUCUUACUAGUACUGCUGCUCUCACCACUACCUAUAGGCAAAUCAAAUCCCAGACCAAAUCCAAAGUGAAGCACAAACCCAAACCCAAGCAUACAGUCUCCAUCACUACAUCUCCUAGUCGGCAAAACAAACAGUAUACUAUUGACUUAAGAUAUCUUGUUCUGGUUGGUUUCAACGGUCAGCAAGAAUUACGCAAGGCCUUUGCGCAAAGGAACGAAGAUAUCAAUCUUGCUGAGGAGCGGCCAAGGAUAACCAUUGUUCUCCCUAACGAUGAGAAUCUGUACACAAAGACUAUAACGUUAGAUGCAGAAAAGAAAAAGAUUGUAAGGAUUGAAUGCCAGAGGAUUGGCACUAGCCACCCUAGUUAUGUGCUCAAUAGAGGAAAAACGACGGAGAUUUAUACGCCACCGGAGUCGACAAGUUGUUGA